AAAGAGAAAGAGAAAGAGAAAGAGAGAGAGAGAGAGACAAAGGUCAAAGCAAGGCAGUUGUGGCACGGUGCAGGUGCAAGCAGGAGGUAAGAAUCAGAAACCACCAGCAGCAGACAGCAGGUAUUUUCAGAAGCCCUUUAAGGAAUUUACAGACCUUCUCUCAGCCUCAGCUUCGUCUUUUCCUUUUCUCCUCUCUUCUCUCCUCUCCUCUUCUCUCUCAUCAGCUAUUUGCUUAGUUUUUCUUCUUGCUUUUGAUGGCCUGCGGGUGCAUAUAUAUUGCUACUUUUGAACCUAGACAGUCCCAACGUUUUUGAAAGUAUAUACCUCUCUUUUUAGAACCCAUACCAAGCCCUCGAUCAAGGCUUUUCUUUUUAUAUAUAUAUCUGGAGGGAGCAAAGAGGUGAAAAGGCGAAGUUUUUUUCUGGUGAAUCUAAGAAAAACCCAGGUGGUGGAAAGCUUGUUUAGAAGAGGAAACAAGGAUAUUCGGUUCAUUUGGAAUAAAAGGGUUUCUGAAGAAAGAGCAAGUGAGUUAAGGUCAAUAGUAUAAAAUGAGCAGUUGUGGAAGAAAUGGGGCUGUCAGGCAGUAUAUAAGAUCAAAGGUGCCUCGUCUGAGAUGGACUCCUGAGCUCCAUCACUGUUUUGUUCAUGCCAUUGAGAGGCUUGGAGGCCAUCACAAGGCAACACCUAAGCUUGUUCUUCAAUUAAUGGAUGUCAAAGGACUAACCAUCUCACAUGUCAAGAGCCAUCUCCAGAUGUAUAGAAGCAUGAGGGGUGACCUGGGCAGACAAGAUAGGGAUUCUACGCAACAAAGAAAACAUGAAUUUUUUGAGGAGCAUGAUGAUGGGUGCGUUGAUGAAGUGAAUGAUAUGGGUUUUCACCCAUCUUCAAAACCCAUCGAGAAAGAAUCAGAUUCUGACUUCAGCAACAGUACUCCUCUCCCUCCUAAAAGAGCUAGAAUUGAAACGUUGAGUUCAAUCUCUGAAAGCCUGCAAUGCAGCCAAAGAAUAAGUGAGACAGUCCCGAAUCCGUACUGUUUUGAUGAUUAUCUGCGGGCCAUGACUGAGCAUAGGGGAAUAAAGGAGGGUUAUGCUGGUUCGAGAUGGCAGACCCAGCCUCAAUCCACAGCCUUCUAUCUGCCACAAGAUCUUUACAACCGCAGCUCUUUCAAAUAUGCAGUAGAGAAGGAAUCCGAUUUCUUGGAGGUACCCGGUCUAGAGCGCACGAAGGAAAGAAUGCCUAAAGGGGAGAACGAGAAAAGGGGAAAUGUAGUAGAGGUUGGUGGCUGCGAGUUGUCGUUAUCGCUCUCCUUACCUCCUCCCUCCUCCCAGAGAAGUAACGCCUCUUCCAUGAGCGAGAUCAGUGAGGCGAUUUCGCCAUACCCUUGGUCUAACUAUAAAGACUGCUCCAGCUCUUCUUCAGGAAAACAUAGCAUUAACUUAGAUCUAUCUAUAGCUCUAUGCGGUAUCUAAUGUAUUUUUUUUUUUGUAAUUUUUUAAAUUUGGAAAAAUUUAUUUAUGGAUAUGUGGUAGUUGAUGUUAAUGUAAAAGUCAUCCAUUAGGCAAUGUUCCUAUCAUGCUCUUUUUCUUUUAUUUUUGGUUUAGUUUUUGAUGAAUCCCAAGUCCCAGUCUUGAUAGGAUGG